AUGUAUUUCUCUUUCCUCAUUCUUGCAGUUCUUCUCGCUCGAGUAUUGGCUGUAUUCAACAUUGACUCUUCACCAAAUGCGGUCGGUAUCUGCUAUUCUGUCUGGCAUAGUCUUGGCUUCAAAGGCCCACAACCACCAGACAUUACGGAAAUCGAGAAUGGCCGCGGAAGCUUUGCUGGACGAACUGCUUGGCAUUUCUGGGGCCGUCCAGCCGGAGGCUACUACGGUGGAGGCAAUCGAAACGUCUUGAAACGCCAUUUCAGCCAACUUUCGGACGCAAAAGUUGACUUUAUUGUGAUUGAUGCAACAAAUUUACAGGGUUAUGGAAAUUAUGCCCCGGGCCUAUUUACCGAGCCUUCAGACGUGCUCCUUGACGAGAUGAGACUACAGAGAGCUGCUGGUAAACCCACACCUCAUGUUGUGUUCUGGGUGCGAACAGAUAGAGCCGACAGUGAUCCAACAGCAGUUGGCCGCUUCGUCCUUGAUAGGUACUAUAGAAAUCCGGCUUAUUCGGACUUCUGGGUGACACUAAGCGGAAAACCUCUACUCGUAACAACCGAUACGCGUCCAGGUAUACUGGCGCAGAACUUCACCCUCCGUAAAAUGUGGGGACUUCAAGGCAAACUUGCAGUGGGCGAGUGGUCGUUCCUUCAGGAUGCACCUCAGAAUGUUGGCAUGAAAAACGGUUUGCCCGAGCAAGUCAGUGUAUCAACGGCAAAACAGGCGACCUACAUGAGCAACAAAGCAACUGCGACUCCGAGGAAGCAGGGCAAGACAUAUCAAUUGCAAUGGCAGCGCGCGUUUGAUGUCCGCCCAAAGGUUGUCAUUUUAACGUGGUGGAAUGAAUGGAUGGCACAGAGGCAGGCUGAUGAUGCAUCUGGCAACCCUCAGUUCGUCGACAAUUAUAAUGGAGAGUAUUCGCGAGAUAUCGAACCUCAGGAUCCUGCUCAGUCUAAUAGUCAUGGCAGCAUCUACUUUACCUGGACCAAAGCCUAUGUUUCAGCUUACAAGUCAAACCAGCCACUUCCUAGAAACUUGGUUGGUUACUGA